CCUGGCCCUCGUCCCCCCAAUGUCUGACUCCGAUUCUCGAACUGAGAAACGCAAGAAAAAAAGACCAAAUGGCAAAGCAACCUUCCGAUGUAGGUUCUGAGUGUGACCGAGAAGGUGGACAGUUGCAAUCUGUGGAGAGACCUCCCCAGCUCAGGCCUGGGGCCCCUACCUCCCUACAGACAGAGCCCCAAGGUAAUCCCGAAGGCAGUCGGGAAGGCGAAGGGGACCGCUGCUCCCACGGCAGCCCUCAGGGCCCGCUGGCCCCACCGGCCAGCCCUGGCCCUUUUGCUACCAGAUCCCCGCUUUUCAUCUUUGUGAGAAGAUCCUCCCUGCUGUCUCGAUCCUCCAGUGGGUAUUUCUCUUUUGACACAGACAGGAGCCCAGCACCCAUGAGUUGUGACAAAUCAACACAAACCCCAAGUCCUCCUUGCCAGGCCUUCAACCAUUAUCUCAGUGCAAUGGCUUCCAUGAGGCAAUUUCAGGCUGAACCUGCAGAUAUGCGCCCGGAGAUAUGGAUCGCGCAGGAGUUGCGGCGUAUUGGAGAUGAGUUUAACGCUUAUUACCCAAGGAGGGUAUUUUUGAAUAAUUACCAAGCCGACGAAGACCACCCUCAAAUGCUUAUCUUGCGACUGUUACGUUACAUUGUCCGCCUGGUGUGGAGGAGGCAUUGACAGGUUCUUUGCAGAGCCGAGAUCUGUGCAGACAUUUCACUUGUUCAAACCGACAAGCCCCAGCACCGCAGUCUCUUGGUGCCACUCCUGUGCAGCCAGCGAUUCUUUCCCAGAGAAGGAGGCGUGCGGAGGGGCGGGCCACGUGGUCAGAAGACAUCGAGCUGGAUGUGAACUUGACCCUUCUGUUCCUCGACACAGCAGAAUUUUCUAAUGGAAGUUGUGAAUGUAAAUGAGGGAGGAUUCUUUUUUAAAUGUACAAACCAUGGUUCUUUGGAGCAGGAUUUUAUGCAAGAAUGGUGUUUACAUGCAGUGUGUUUUUUCCCCCACCUUCUUUAAUAAGAACAGGUUUUUCAAAAAGGAAAUGGAAACUUUUUAACCAACUCAUGAACGAUUUUUGUACUAAAAAUUUAAGAACCUAUUGCCUAAUCUCAGAGGAUUAUGUAAACCCUGCAGUGGAAACUGAGCCAGCUAAUUUAUAAAGCUGCCUUAGUUUAUUUUUAGAGAUUACAGAAGUUUUAGGCAGGGAGAAGUGUGAUAUGCCCUCUCCCUUCCCUGCCAUUGCCUCUUUCACCUUUUUUUCAAUUAUUGAUACCAAAAGAAUUCUUGUGAAAUGAAAUUGAUUAAAGGGGCAAAAGGUCUGUUGUCAGCCUGCAUUAGUACGCCACUCCCUUUUUGUAAAUAUUUAUGUACCUCCUUAAAUUCAGUUGCAUCUGUGGCAAAAUUUCAGGCUAUUUUUCGUUUCUUUCCUGAUCUACUUUUUGUGAUGCUCCUCUAGUCUGGACUCGGAUGCAUGGAUUUGGUCCAGUGCAUUUUCAUGAUAAAAUGUAAUGGGGUCAGAACAAGGGUUAAUAUCUGCCUGUAUCACACACAGCUCCAUCAGUAUAUUAUUAGUAGAAGCACCAGGUGGUGGUUUUCAUUCAGUUUUGGUGGGGGCGCCAUUUGCAAGUAUUCUGAAGAGGUAACAGCAGUCGUAACAGCAGACAAGGAUCAUGCUCCUCUGCGCUGUUGGCUUUUCUGGCUGCAGCCUUUCCUGUGGUCACAGGAUAUAUUGUCAGCAGCGGGGUACAGACGGUCACCAUGCCCACGUGCAGCACAGUCUUGCUGCAGGAGUCGGAGCUCGUGCCCUCGUGGGGAUUGGCACAGGCCAUCGGCGGGACUUCAGAUGGCCACUUCCCAGGCCUCCUGGCUUUUAGUCCUACCCGGAGUCCACCUGGCCUGUGAUGCUUGGCAUUUGGUCCCCAUUCCUCACAGUCCACUUUGAAAUACAGGCUUAAUCCCUCUUCCACCAGCAAUAGAAGAAUUUCACUGGGCAGAAGUCUCUUGUUCCAUUUCUGUUGGGAUAGUUGGGCUUUGUCAGGCCACUCAUGCCCCCGCCUCUGCAAGGGGGCGCUCUUCUUCGUACCUGCCCUUAGGAUUGUACCUGCCCGUAGGAGUGCAGUGGGCGGAAAGCCCAGGCAGUCAUUUCAAAUGUAGGCAGACACCAGGGGAGACCCAGGAAAGAGACAGAUUAGGGAGCUGCAAAAGGAAGGGGAGAGGAUUCUGUGAACCCUGUAACUCUUAAGAUUUUUGAAAACUCCAAUCAUUAAGCAACUUUCUUAAAGAAAUUCAUGACUUUUCAAAUGAGUCAGCAGUGCCAACAGC